AUGAAAGGGAAAGACUCAAACUAUUACAAGUCUUCAAGACAAGGAAAAUCGUCACAAGGUCGUGAUAUGUGCAUCCAACAUCUAAUGGCUGCCAAUGCUGAAAAUAACAACUUAUUUGAUGCCAAUGCUGCUGCUGCCAAGAAUCCAACAGAUCUGAGCCAACAGUCGUCCCAACACCGUCAACAGCCACAAGAUGAUGAAGAAUCUUAUGGCCUGUACGGUGGAAAUCGUCAAAACAUUCGAGCACAGAGUACCAGUAGACAAAGACGCAAGUUUCCAAACUCUUCUUCCGCUUCGGUGCGAUCCACCACAUCGUCGCACCACCGACCGCAAUCGACCGCCAGUCAUCGUCGUCGGAUUCGACGUUCUAGUACUGUUUCCUCUGCCGCUGGACGCAGCAUUGCUUCUAGUCAACAACAGCAGCAGCAGCCAGUCGUUCACAUUAUCUGCGCCAUAGGAGAAAACUUGGCCCGGGAAACCUGCGUGGCCUCGUUGGAUGCUGGAACUCCAGUCUCCUUGCAGGUCACCAAACAAGGCAAUGGACAAACCUAUGCGGAAACUUUGGCCUAUUUGGAAAUCCUCAAGCCGCAUGAAAUAUUGCUAAACGAAGGACGCAAGCAUUCGCCAUUGGCCCGCAAAAUUGUGGAAUUGUAUUCUACUGCGACUGCUAGAGAAGGACAACCACAAGAACAAGAACAAGUACCACAAGAAGGCACCGCAACUUCCGAGAAUACUACUACUACGGUAGUAAAAUUCAUUCCAAGAGUCUGCUUUGAUCAGACCAAAGGAGCCGAAAUGCUCCGCCGUCUCGCCCGCAAAGAAACCUACGAUGCUCUAUUGGUGGACGAAUACAUUCUCUUGUCGUCUGCCUACGCAGCCUUGCACUACACCCAACGCACACUUGGGGUUGGAAUUUCCAAAAAUUGUCUAGAUAUCAUUGUCAACUCGGGAGGAAAGAAUCGCAUGGCCAUUGAUCGAUCCUCCUUGCUACAGUUGGAGUUACUCACGAAUGCCAAGACGGGAAAGGCGCGAGAUUCUCUCAUUUCCACCAUUGAUUGUACCAAAACGACAGUGGGCAGUCGACUGUUGCGGACCAACCUCAUGGCGCCACCCAGUCGGAUGGAUACCAUCCAUGCUCGAUUGGAUCUGGUGGAUACCUUUUUACAGUCCGAAGACUUUUUCUAUGCCGUGUUGGAAAACCUGCAAAACCUUCCGGCCGUGGACAAGAUGCUCACCAAUGUGGCAGUGGUACCACGUAAUCCAAACUUGGCGUCGAAAAGCAAACACAAGAAUGCUACCAUCAAUGCGCGGCUUGCCAGCAAAGGCAUUGCGACCCUGGUGUACAUCAAAUCGACCUUGACGGCAAUUCCUCUUCUCACGCAAGUGCUCCAAGAGCAUUUGGAGGAACUCGAUAAUAAUGAUCAUCCUUCCGGUGAGGAAGAUGAGAAAAAUGGAGGAGUUUCGGCCAUUACUGGCAGAUCCAGUCUUCUCAUUGGACUUGGAGGAGGAGAAGUAUCCACUGCUCCACCCAAGCGUCACCAUUUGUUGCGUGCCAUUACAUUUGCACUCUCGCAACCCGAACUAGCUCAUGUUUGUGAUACCAUCGCCCAAGUUUUUACCGACAGCACUUCCUACAGUCGCAACGCCAAUGCAAUGCAGCAUCAAGAGUGUUUUGCACUCAAGUCAUCCGAAGAUGGCAUGAUGGACAUUUUGCGAAAGAACUUUCUUUCCAAUGUUGAUGAUAUUUACAAAAAGGCUGAUGAAUAUGCAGAAGUCCAUGGAUUUCAUGUGGCAGUCAAAUAUACCACUCUGCGGGGGUACUAUCUUUCCAUACCUGCGGAUGUGGCGUCAACCUUGCCGGAUGUCUUUAUCCAGCCAACCAUGCGCGGAAAAUACAUUCACUGUACCACCGAAGAAGUACAGAGCUUGAAUACUCGAAGUCAAGAUAAUGUCAACGAUUUGUUGCUCAUGACACGUGAUCGAAUCCAGGGUGUUUUGGAAGUAGCAAGGGACAAUUACGAUGCUCUUGCUUCCUUGUCGGAUGCAAUAGCCUUGCUGGAUCUUUGCCACAGUUUUGCCGAUAAAGUCGCCCUUUGUCAGUCGGCUUGGUCCCGUCCAGUAUUGCACAAUGAUGACGACUCCAACGAAAGAGAAGAUUCAGCCACAGAGGAGGACGAGCAAUCCAAAGAUUCCUCUGGUAUUAUUAUUCGGAAUGGUCGAUUUGGAAUCGAGACCAUAGACUCGAAUGCCUCCGACGAUGCCGCUUCCGAAAUUGUCCCCAAUGAUACCUAUGCCACUGGAAAGAAGCGAUUUACCGUCAUUUCUGGAAUCAAUGGAAGUGGAAAGAGCACCUAUCUCAAACAAAUUGCAAUUAUUGUCCUUCUUGCUCACUGCGGAAGCUAUGUUCCUGCAGAAUAUGCUUCAAUCCCGAUUCGAAAUCGAAUAUUUGCUAGGAUGGGGACAUCUGAUGACCAAGAGAACAACAUUUCCUCAUUCAUGUUGGAAAUGAAGGAAACGGCCUUCAUCUGUAACAAUGCAAGUCGUGGUUCUUUGGUGCUCCUAGAUGAAUUGGGUCGUGCGACUAGCAAUGAGGAUGGCAUCGCCAUUGCAUGGGCAGUCUCAGAGUACUUGAUAGCCAAGAAAGCCAUGACAUUCUUCGUAUCGCAUUAUCCUCAGAUUUGCCGCCUGGACCAAAUCUAUCCAGUAGUGCAAAAUCAUCAUCUCGCAGCAUCGGUUGUCACAGACUCAUCCAAUAGUAUCACCUACACUCACAAAGUUGCCACUGGUCCGUGCUCGGUUAGCGCUGAAUAUGGUGUCGAGAUGGCAAAUUCGUGUGGUUGGCCCAUGGACGUCGUUGAAGAUGCCAGAGAAAUUGAGCUAUCCCUUCGAGGAACUGUGGCAAAGGAUUUGUGUUUUGAAGUCGGAAACAAAGGAACCGAAACAUCGAAGCUCAAGAAACAGUUGAAACGACUUUCGCGUGACAUGGUCGAGACAGUGAAUUCUUCCCCAUCAAUUGCAGCAUUGCGGGCUUCCUUGGAGACGCUGAAAGCUGAGGCAGGUGUAUCCCCAAAAGCACGAACUGUGUCAGCCACGGAGGGAGGCAACCGCCAACUCGAAAGGAGCACAGAGUCAUCAUUACACCGAAGUGAAUCCAAAUCUUCUCGUCGCAUGUAG